AUGUACCACGACUGCACUCCUAGUUGUUUAGAUGGUCCUCUGGAAGAAAUUGCGUUAUCAGGGGUGGCAUAUGGCAGACUAGGGAAAAUAUCAAAGGAACCAAAGGAACCCGAAAAAGAAAUGAAAAUCCCUGCGUUAUCAGGGGUGGCAUAUGGCAGCCUAGGGAAAAAGUCAAAGGAACCAAAGGAGCCCGAAAUAGUUCCCGAAAUUGGUUAUCAUGAUCCACGCCAUCCAUAA